AUGCGGAAUGCAAGUCGACGCUUUGAUUCUAAACGGCGGCAACUGCGGAUACGGUCGCGUCGAGGUGACGCCUCACGCCGGUGUUGGCGUGUAUUUGCUGCCUCAAGUAUAGCCGCAUGUGAAUGUCGAGGUAUGUGGUCACCUUGUGUGCAAGGUCGGUCCCGGCGUUCCUCAGGGGUAGCAAAACUUAUCCGAACUGAAAGAGGUGGAGGGGCCUGUUGUGGCUUUCCUUGA